AUGUCCACAUCACCAUCUUCUCGGCGAUGGCUGAGGUACAACGCCCACAUAAGAGACCUGACUGAUCAAGGCGUUCUUUGCUGCUUCGAGGAGGGCUCCUGGGAAGAUGUGCUUUGCAAGUUUGAGGACGUUCGCCUGCCUGCGCCGAGGCUGGCACCGCAGGACUUCGAUCCCGUCGCUGGAGAUCUCGUAGAGUAUGAGAUCUUUCCUUCCGGUGCAGCACCUGGUGGCUGGGCCGUCGCACAGGUGCAUGCACGCUUGGAGACUUUGUGGCAUCUUCGCUGGCCAGAGAGGUUGCAGCAGGGGUCCUCCGGGGAGGUUCUGAUGCCACGGUCGCGUCUACGGCCCUGCUCCAGCCGCGAGGGGAAUGUCGCUGGUGUCUUACAAAAGGCAGAGGUGACGGUCGAUGUGUCCUAUGCGCGAUGGCUUGACUCGCCGGACGCCGCCACCGCGUUUCGACGUGUCGAGUGCAUGGCCGUGGGCCUCCAGACUGGUGAUGCACGCUGCGCUCCUUCUGAUCUCCUGAAGGUGCACUGUACCGGAACUCGGGAGGCGAAGGUCAUAGCCAUUGGUACCAAGAAGGCAGUGCAGAGAGCCAAGAUGCUCAUUCCUUCAAUCCUGCAGAACCAGGAGAAGGUGAAGUGCUUUGAGGAGGCGCAGCAGACGCGUCUGAAGGCACUCUCAGACCGGCAGGUAAAGAAGCUAGCGGACAUGGACCCUCGCCGGCCCGCUGAAGGCUUCUCCAGGGCGGAGUUCGCUUUGCCCAAGGCUGCAGUGGGCCGCUUCAUCGGCAAGAGCGGCGCAAACAUCCAGGCCAUGCAAAAGGAGCAUGGCGUGAGAAUUGUGGUGGAAGAGGCGGAGACUCCCGGCUUCAAGCGCGUCCACGUGCUGGGUCAGAACGAGGAGGAUGUCCAUGCAAUUCGAGACAUGGCAGAAGUGAUCAAGAAGACGAUUCUGGUGGAGAAGGGGAUGAAGAGCUGGAUCCUGGGACGCAAUGGGACUGUGGCUGAGCGGGUGCAGAUCGCCAGCGGUGCGAGCAGUGUCCGGUUCGACGACAAGGACUAUGCGCUGGUUUUCGAGGGCACCCGCUCUGCUUGUGCCACGGCCCAGCUCCUCUGCGACGCCCACGUCUCCUACUUCGAGACCUUCCAAGGCUUCGAUGAGACCAUGGAGGAUCUUGUCAGCCGCUUGAAGAUGCAGGGAGAGCUGCGUGAGUGCGUUUGGCCACCGACUCCAGCCUUGAUGGGGAAAGGAUGCGGUUGGCAGCCCCAGCCUGAGGGCCCAGGACCUGCGCCUCCUGGGCCUUCUGGGCCUGGAAGGCCUGCUUCCAGGUCUGCGUCCGCUGGCGGGGCGCCUCCGUCCGGACAAGGCCAAGUAGGCCACGGGCAAGGACGCCGGCGGCCUUUGGAAGUGCGCUCGACCUCACCGGCUGCUGAGCGGAGAAGACAUCACAUGAUGGCGUGA